CAGGAGGCGGGACAAAGCCUGGCUUCCGAGGCUCCGCCUCCUCGUGAUGCUGCUUGGAUUUCCGCUGUAGGACUCGAGCUGUUCUGGUCCUCCUGCCAGUGACUGGGUCCGAGAUGGCGUCGGACUCGGGGGACCGGGAGACCGCCUGCACGUUGGAGUUCGCCGUGCAGAUGACCUGUCAGAGCUGUGUGGACGCAGUGCGCAGGUCCCUGCAAGGGGUGGCAGGUGUCCAGAGUGUAGAAGUGCAGUUGGAGAACCAGAUGGUCCUGGUGCAGACCACCCUGCCCAGCCAGGAGGUGCAGGCUCUCUUAGAAGGAACGGGGCGGCAGGCGGUACUCAAGGGCAUGGGCACGGGCCUAUUGCAGAAUCUGGGGGCAGCAGUGGCCAUUCUAGGAGGCCCUGGCCCUGUGCAGGGGGUGGUGCGCUUCCUACAGCUGACCCCUGAGCGCUGCCUCAUUGAGGGAACCAUUGAUGGCCUGGAGCCUGGGCCACACGGACUCCAUGUCCAUCAGUUCGGGGACCUCACAAGGAACUGCAACAGCUGUGGGGACCACUUUAACCCUGAUGGAACAUCUCAUGGGGGCCCUCGGGACUCUGACCGGCACCGGGGAGACCUGGGGAACGUCCACGCUGAUGCUAAUGGCCAAGCCAUCUUCAGGAUAGAGGAUGAGCAGCUGAAGGUAUGGGAUGUGAUUGGCCGAAGCCUGGUCAUUGAUGAGGGAGAAGACGACCUGGGCCGGGGCGGCCAUCCCUUAUCCAAGAUCACGGGGAACUCAGGAGAGAGGUUGGCCUGUGGCAUCAUUGCACGCUCCGCUGGCCUUUUCCAGAACCCCAAGCAGAUCUGCACCUGCGACGGCCUCACCAUCUGGGAGGAGCGAGGCCGGCCCAUUGCUGGCAAGGGACGAAAGGAACCGUCGCAGCCAUCCCAGCCCCCUGCCCACCUCUGAGCAAGGCCUCCGCCUCAGUCUCAGGUCCACCAUCCUCCCAGCUGAUGCCAUCCUCUUCCAGGGGAUGGGGGAGCCCUGCUUGCCUAGUCCGAGAACAAGGGUACGGGGUGUGCAGGGAUUGCUGUGACGCUCCCUUGGCAAAGUAAAGUUUUUCUAUUCAUAUGGAA